UGAAAUUGGAAGAAGUGGGACCUAGUGGCACGUUAGGACUGUGAUGAAAAUGGGAAGAAAGAUAUAAUAAAACAACAAGGCACAACCUGUCAACCCUACAUCUUGGCUUUUGAAAAUUUGAUUUUUAUGGUCUCCCUCUCUCCCUGCCUUUCUUGUGGACGGGAGCGCCAGCAUGCAUCUUGUUUCUGUCGAAGAAUGAAAUUGACAACGACGUCGUCUUUGAGACGAACAACUCGUACUCCCUUGGAUUAGCAUGAAAAUAGACACAGCUACCAAAGGUGAUGAAAGCGGUUACUGAACACACAAUUUUUGCAUACGCAUAAGGACACUGGAUGAUUCUCUUUCUUUUUUAUUUUUUUAAAGAAAAAAUUAUAAAAAAAGUAAUUUUAAAUAACGAAUUGCUGUGAGUAUCUUUUUGGCCUCUAUUUUUAAGCCGCACCGAUAGUUAAGGAAAAACCAGAGAAGAAAAAGAAAAUUGGAUUCAUGUCUGUUGAAAAGGAGAGGACAAAGUAGACGAAAAAAAAAAGAAGGAAUUGCAAGAAAGAAAGGGAAAAGAGAUGGGCAAAGGGGGAGAGAGGCAUGUGGAGGAGGAAGAAGCAGAAGGAGUAAUGGCAACAGACUUCUUCUGGUCAUAUACAGAUGAACCUCAUGCUUCAAGACGGCGUCAGAUCCUCUCUCAGUACCCCCAAAUUAAACAACUCUUCGGCCCUGAUCCUUUCGCUUUCUUUAAGGUUUCUGUUGUGGUUUUGCUUCAGCUUGGCACAGCUGCAUUACUUCAUGAUUCUGGCUGGCUGAAGAUACUGGCAAUAGCCUACUUUUUUGGCUCUUUCCUCAACCAUAAUCUUUUCUUGGCCAUCCAUGAGCUGAGCCACAACCUUGCCUUCUCAACUCCUGUCUAUAAUAGGUGGCUUGGGAUUUUUGCCAACCUUCCUGUUGGCGUACCCAUGUCUGUAACCUUCCAGAAGUACCACCUUGAACACCACCGCUUCCAAGGAGUAGAUGGAAUUGAUAUGGAUAUCCCAAGCCAAAUUGAAGCUCAUCUAGUGAGGAAUGUCAUCACGAAAUCCAUAUGGGUUAUCUUCCAACUCUUCUUCUAUGCUCUGAGGCCUCUAUUUCUCAAACCAAAGCCCCCUGGUUAUUGGGAAUUCAUCAACCUUUUUGUUCAGAUUGCUUUGGAUGUGGCUAUGGUUUAUUUUUGGGGCUGGAAAUCUUUUGCUUAUCUGAUCCUUUCCACAUUUGUUGGAGGUGGAAUGCAUCCAAUGGCUGCUCAUUUUAUCUCAGAACAUUACGUCUUCAACCCGGAGCAAGAAACAUAUUCUUAUUAUGGCCCCCUGAAUUUUGUUACUUGGCAUGUGGGAUACCAUAAUGAACACCAUGAUUUCCCUAGGAUCCCUGGAAGCAAGCUUCACAAGGUGAAGGAGAUUGCACCAGAAUACUAUGAAGGUUUAGACUCGUAUAAAUCUUGGAGUCAGGUCAUAUACAUGUAUGUUAUGGACAGAACAGUCGGGCCCUUUAGCCGAAUGAAGAGAAAGGUGUCAACUACCACAAAGAAAUCUGAAUAGGGGCACAUGGGAUAGUCUUUUUGUGUGAAGAAAAUAUGGAAAAUCUAUAGUCUGUAACAUUUUUGAAGCAUUAAAUUUUUUGUUGUAGUCUUAGACUGAAAAGAUGAGUUGAUUGUUUAUUCUUCCGCUUUUAGUUUACUUGCUUAUGUAUGCAAAUUGAACAAAAAGACGGCUGUUUUCUCUACUUGUCUAAUUGAUGUUCUCUGAGUUCAAUUUUGUUCC